GACGUCAGACGCGCGACUGCACGUCUCCUGCGUCUUCCGCCCGCGAGCCCUUGGAGCCGGGGACCAUGAACCGCAGCCGCCAGGUGACGUGCGUGGCCUGGGUCCGCUGCGGCGUGGCCAAAGAGACGCCGGACAAGGUAGAGCUAAGUAAAGAUGAAGUAAAACGCCUCAUUGCUGAAGCAAAGGAAAAGUUACAAGAGGAAGGUGGCAGCGAUGAGGAGGAGGCAGGCAGUCCUUCAGAAGAUGGCAUGCAGAGUGCCCGGACCCAGGCACGACCAAGGGAGCCCCUGGAGGAUGGUGACCCUGAGGAUGACCGCACAGUGGAUGAUGAUGAGCUGGCCGAAUACGACCUGGACAGGUACGAUGAGGAUGACGACCCAGAUGCCGAGACUCUUGGAGAAUCUCUUUUGGGGCUUACAGUCUAUGGGAGCAACGAUCAAGAUCCCUAUGUUACUCUGAAAGAUACGGAACAAUAUGAACGAGAAGAUUUCCUGAUCAAGCCUAGUGACAAUCUCAUAGUCUGUGGCCGAGCUGAGCAGGAGCAGUGCAAUUUAGAGGUGCAUAUUUACAACCAGGAGGAAGACUCGUUCUACGUGCACCAUGACAUCCUCUUGUCUGCAUAUCCUCUGAGUGUGGAGUGGCUGAACUUUGAUCCUAGCCCAGAUGAUUCCACUGGAAAUUACAUUGCUGUGGGAACUAUGACCCCUGUCAUUGAAGUAUGGGACCUUGAUAUUGUGGACUCUUUGGAGCCAGUUUUCACACUUGGAAGUAAGCUCUCUAAAAAGAAGAAGAAGAAAGGAAAAAAGAGUCCCCUCAUAGAAGGGCACACGGAUGCCGUCCUUGACCUCUCGUGGAAUAAGCUAACCAGGAAUGUGCUGGCAAGCGCGUCUGCUGACGGCACCGUCAUUCUGUGGGACAUGUCCCUGGGGAAGCCCGCAGCCAGCCUCGCCGUACACGCAGACAAGGUACAGACGCUGCAGUUUCACCCAUUCGAAGCCCAGACUCUGAUCUCUGGAUCCUAUGAUAAGUCCGUGGCGCUGUAUGACUGUCGGAGUCCAGAUGAGACCCACCGCGUGUGGCGGUUCAGCGGGCAGAUCGAGCGGGUGACGUGGAACCCCUUCUCCCCCUGUCACUUUCUGGUGAGCACUGACGACGGCUUCGUGUACGAUUUGGACGCACGGUCAGAUAAGCCGGUGUUCACACUCAAUGCACACAACGACGAGAUCUCUGGGCUCGAGCUGAGCAGUCAGAUCAAGGGCUGCCUGGUGACUGCGUCAGCGGACAAGUACGUGAAGAUCUGGGACAUCCUGGGCGACAGGCCGAGUCUCAUCCACUCCAGGGACAUGAAGAUGGGUGUUCUCUUCUGUUCCUCGUGUUGCCCUGAUUUGCCAUUUGUUUAUGCCUUCGGGGGUCAGAAGGAAGGCCUGCGGGUGUGGGACAUCAGCACCGUCUCUUCAGUAAAUGAAGCAUUCGGAAGACGAGAGCGGCUCGUUCUGAGCAGUUCAAGAAGCUCAGCUGUUGGCGGCCCUUUGAGGGGCAGGAGCGCAGAGACCCCGAUGGAGUCCUAGUGGAGCUCACGCCGCACCAGCUUGUGUCCUUGACCAAGGCUGCAGGGCGGGCUGCGGCACCAAGGGCAGGAGGGACAGCGGGUUCACCUCGCUGGCUGCUGUCCACUCUAGCGGGUAUCGACACAGCUGGGCUUUGCGCUUGACUCGCAUGGGCACUGUCUUGGGUCCUUGUGUUUCUUGAAAACGGUCUAAUUUUGAAAAUGUUUUUAAACUACUUAAUUCUUUGACAUGCUGUCACAAUAAAUCCAGGUUUAUAAAGUAGGUAGCAACCUAUAAAAAAA